UAUCUUACACUUUCAGUUAACGUUAUGCGCUGAAAACGUCAACAACAGAGAAGCAAAGAGCGAGCGAGAGAGGAAGAGAGAGUGAGAGAGAAGAGAGUACAAGGGAGUGAUAGUGUGAGCCAAUUACGCAAUAGGCUCAAAUACUUUCCCAUUCUGAGCUGGACACAAUACUCUUAAUUACAGAAAAACGCCAACGCCUGCUUCAAGGUUUAGUGAACUUAUCGCGCAUCAAGAGGGAAGGAGACGGAGCGAGAGAUGGUUCAACAGCUUUCGCCCUGGAAGGUUCUGACACGACGGAAACGUAUCCAGGCCGAUGGCAGUGAGGGCGAAACCAAGCUGAACCGGGUGCUGGGACUAUGGGAUCUAACGGCAUUGGGAGUGGGCUCCACUCUGGGAGCGGGGGUCUAUGUGCUGGCCGGACAGAUAGCCAAAGAUCAGGCGGGUCCCUCGGUCAUGAUCUCGUUUGCUAUAGCCGCUCUGGCCUCGCUACUGGCAGGUAUUUGCUAUGCAGAGUUUGGCGCUCGGGUCCCCAAGGCAGGAUCGGCCUAUGUGUACAGCUACGUCUGCAUUGGAGAGUUUGCUGCCUUUGUGAUUGGCUGGAAUCUCAUCUUGGAAUACGUCAUAGGCACUGCCAGUGUCUGUCGAGGGAUAAGCCUGUAUCUGGACUCCCUCCUGAAUGAUACGUUGAAGGAAACCUUUGCCGAGGUGGCCCCCAUGAAUGUCACAUUUCUCGGAAGCUAUUUUGACUUUCUUGCAUUUGGAUUGGUGGUCGUGUUCGGUGUGGCCCUGGCCUUUGGCGUGGAGACCUCGGCAAUGGCAAAUAAUUGCAUCACUUGUCUGAACAUCUUUAUACUGGGCUUUGUCAUCAUAGCCGGCGCUAUCAAAGCUGACUUCACCAACUGGACUGUGGACCCAUCGACUGUGAGUGCCAAUGCCACAAUUGGAUCUGGGGGUUUUUUCCCCUUCGGUUUCGAGGGGACUCUCCAGGGCGCUGCCACCUGCUUCUUCGGAUUUGUGGGCUUCGACUGUAUCGCCACCACUGGGGAGGAGGUUCGCAAUCCCCGCAAGAACAUCCCACAGUCGAUCCUGCUCUCCUUGCUUAUAAUCUUCCUGUGCUACUUCGGCGUCUCCACCGUAUUGACCCUGAUGCUGCCUUACUAUCUGCAGGAUGCCAAUGCUCCGCUGCCGUACGCCUUCGAGUACGUGGGCUGGCCGGUGGCCAUGUGGAUCGUCACGGUGGGUGGACUGAUCGGACUCUUGGCCAGUCUUUUUGGGGCUUUGUUUCCCCUGCCCAGGGUUAUGUACUCAAUGGCGCAGGACGGCCUGCUCUUCCGGUUCCUGGGAAAGGUGAGCCCGCGAUUCCAUGUUCCUGUGACCGGAUCGAUUGUGGCCGCUCUCUUUACGGCCGUCAUUGCGGGCCUGUUCGAUCUGGCCCAGUUGGUUAGCCUUCUCUCCAUUGGCACUCUACUGGCCUACAGCGUGGUGGCCAUUUCCAUAAUGCUACUCAGGUACAUGGAGUACUAUGAGGCGGAGGAAAACCAAACGCGGAUCGAUAGUCGAGCUUCGGAAACCACUUCAUUGACCUCCAGGGCGGAGCGUUUCACCUGUGGGUCGGUCUGCGCUCAGCUCUUUAACGUUCAUCGCGUUCCUGAGCCAAAUAGGAUAUCGACUAGAAUUGUAGGAACGCUGACUGCACUUUUCAGUCUUAUUGCCUUGGGUCUGGGCCUGUUGAUUAUGCACGCCUAUUCCGCGAUCAGGUCCCAAAAGGCGUGGGCCAUAACUCUGCUGGUGGUGUUGAUCGGGAUGAUCUGCCUGGUCCUCCUGCUGAUCUGUCUGCAGCCCAGGGAAACGCGCAGUCGACUGUUCAGAGUGCCCUUCGUGCCAGUGGUGCCGGCCAUCAGCAUCUUUAUUAAUAUCUACCUGAUGCUGCAGCUGGACACCUGGACAUGGAUACGCUUCGGGGUGUGGAUGAUUGUGGGUAUACCCAUAUUCCUUGCAUGCUGGUAUCUUUACGACUGUAAGAAUCCACAGAAACGCAACCCCGAUCGCUUGGCCUACUAUACGGCCCUCAAAGGACCUUCGACAGCUGCCGGUAGUGCAGAUAAUGCAGGCAAUGGUCUGUCCAAGGAAAGCGUAAUCACCCAGGACACUCACUGGAAGAGCAGUUCCUGCAGCAGCCUGGAUCGAAUACAGAACCUAAGCGAGCUGGGGGAAGAUCUCAUCGAGGUGAAGAAUGCCAAUGGAAAGAUCUUCUACGUGGAAGACACCAAGAGCGAGAACUCCACCGCUACCCUGGGCGGGACUGAAUCACCCUCUCGCGAGGAUGAACAGUCCGUUAUAGCAAUGCUCGAUGAUGUCCUCGACGCGGAGGACAUACAGCAGCAGCAGCUGGAGCUAAACCAGCAGAAUCACAUCUUUGAGCGCCACUUCAGCCUGGACUCGGAGAUGUACCCGAGUGUGAUAGAGACCGUCAUCGUGGCCACUGUCCAUAGUAGUAGUGAGGACGAUGAGGUGGUCAGUCAGCAGUCUGUGAAGCUGCGGAAGUAUACGCACGAUGAAUGCCGAGUGUUUGCUCAGCAAAUGCUCGAUGAGAUGUUCAAUAGCGUGGUCUUCUUUGAGCAGCUUGAGGCAGCCUUGGUGGCCCGAGAAGAGGCCGUACUAGCGGAGGUAAACGAUUCAAGGGAUACUAUUAGAGACACGCCAAAGCUGAGGCGGCUCGCAUCCGAGACGUCCCUCAGGUCUCAGGCCUCCUCCAUCGAGGAUCCCAUGCAUUCAGACAAAUUUAAAGACCGCUUGAGUCACAUCAUUAUGAAUGCCAGUGCCCACAAGGUAAAUACAGCCAUGAGGAGGAAAGGGGAGCCCGAGCCCGAGGCCGAGACCGAGCCUGAGCCAGAGGAACCUGAACCAGAGGCAGGACCAGCGGGAAGGCCAGAAAGGACGCUGCUAAAGCAAUCGAAAAGUGAAACCGAUGUGCGUCGGUUAAUGCUCAAGGCCAUCAGCGAGCUGAAAAUCAACCAUAAUGAGGAUGGUAAUGUUGGUGGGGACUCCUCAGAUUCACAUACCGCCCACCGCCACCCCUCCACAUCCACGUCCACAUCGAUACAGUAUCCGAACAGCAGCCACGGUAACGGCAGCGGCAGCGGCAACGGCAACACGGCUGGGCUUAUACCUCGGCCACCGAAAUUCGAUCCAAUUCUGUACAAGACCAUCAACAGCAUUAGUUUGCGCAAACAGCGACCCAGUUUGAGCCAACAGCAUGUUGUGGAUGCCAAGAAUCUGGUGGUAGCAGCAACUGUAGCUUCCUCAACGGAACUAGAGCCGGAGCCGGGGCCAGGGCAGGGGCAGGGGCAGGAGCCGCAGUUGGUCCCAUUCAAAGCGAAAUUGGAGGCCAUAUUGCAGCGCGGACCCUCUCACCGCACCCAACAGCAUCCGGACCCUGUCCGUCGCCAGCGUCCGCAGUCGACCCACGCUGAGCAGGAGACAGAGGAGGCGGAAAGCUGAAUGGGGCUGGGGUGCUGUGCGGAGUGAAACCAAAGAGUGUGCAAUAUUUUUUCUUUUUUUUCCUAGCUGAAAGUAGUUAAACUUCCAUGUGGACUGUAAAGAGCUGUAGAUAAAUAGUUGAAUGUCAGCAAUUUUCGAUAGUAUUAACAAUGGAAUUGUAGUGUUGUAGAUCUUGAGAUCUUCUAAA